GUCUCUUCCCCUCUUUCUAUAAACUUUAUUAUGGGAACCAAGAACUCACGGGACUUUCCUGAAAAUUUCUCCUUUGAGUUCAUGCCUCUGUGCCAAACUGCCUUUACCUCAUCAUAUAACAAAUGGCCAUUGUUACUUCACAAUCUCUCUUCCUUUGGAAAAUUUUUUUUUCAUUUCUGAAUUUUGAUGGACAUAUCCUUCACUUCAUUCCACCUUUUUAUCACCAUGAAAGUUCCGACAAUCCUUGCCUAAAUACACACAUCUUGUUUCUGACUUUACAAACCACUUGAUGAACUUCUUUCUUUAGUAAUCAUGCAAAUUCAUUCUAGUGGAGAAGUGUGCUCGCUUCUGCUUUCUUUCUCUCUUAAUCUUCUGUGUUUAAAGCUUGUGAUGGAUUAUCUUUAUCUUUGAUACGUCUUUAACAUAUUAUACAUGAAAGCCAUCAUCCCUUUUCUUGUAGAUAUUCAGGACCACCCAUGUUUCUGAAUCAGUUCAUGCAUUUCUUGAAAUCAAUUCAUACUUUUAGAAGGAAAACACUAAUUAUUGAAGACUAUGUGUUGUUUCUGACUACAAAGGCUUUCUGAUUAAGCCCCCGCACCCCCCUCCUCCAAAAGGAAAAAAAAGAAAUAAAAAACCGAGCUUGGCAAAGGUUUGGAAUUCCUGAUGGCUUCAUCAUGUUUUAAACCAUUUAGGCUGAGAAAGUCUAAGAGCAAGCCAUUAUCAAUUCCCUCCUCCUCUUCCAGAACUCAGUUAAAUACUGAUACUGACAACAUGGAAAGGAAGAGAUUUGACAGUUUAGAGUCAUGGUCAAUGAUAUUGGAGUCUGAGAAUGUGGAGACUUGGGAAGCAUCGAAGGAGGAUCAAGAGGAAUGGACAGCUGAUCUAUCUCAGUUGUUUAUAGGUAAUAAAUUUGCUUCUGGGGCACAUAGUAGGAUCUAUAGAGGGAUUUAUAAGCAGAGAGCAGUGGCUGUGAAGAUGGUCAGAAUUCCAAGCCACAAUGAAGAGACUAGAGCUAAGCUUGAACAGCAAUUCAAGUCUGAAGUUGCCCUGCUUUCGCGUCUCUAUCAUCCCAACAUAGUGCAGUUUAUUGCAGCUUGUAAGAAGCCUCCCGUGUAUUGCAUCAUUACAGAAUACAUGUCUCAGGGAACCCUUAGGAUGUAUCUCAACAAGAAAGAGCCAUAUUCACUUUCAACAGAAACUAUUCUUAGAUUAGCUCUUGACAUAUCACGAGGAAUGGAGUACCUUCACUCACAAGGAGUGAUCCAUAGGGACCUUAAAUCCAGCAAUUUGCUCUUAAACGAUGAGAUGCGUGUCAAGGUAGCAGAUUUUGGAACAUCAUGUCUGGAAACACAGUGUCGCGAAGCCAAAGGGAACAUGGGAACUUAUCGGUGGAUGGCUCCGGAGAUGAUCAAGGAGAAACCUUACACACGAAAGGUGGAUGUGUAUAGUUUUGGAAUUGUGCUAUGGGAACUCACAACGGCUUUGCUUCCCUUUCAAGGGAUGACUCCUGUCCAAGCUGCAUUUGCUGUGGCUGAGAAGAAUGAAAGACCACCAAUGCCAGCCAGUUGCCAGCCAGUAUUAGCACACCUUAUAAAGCGCUGCUGGGCGGCAAAUCCCAAUAAGCGGCCAGAUUUCAGUGAGAUUGUUUCGGCUCUAGAAAAGUAUGAUGAGUGUCUGAAGGACGGCCUUCCACUUACUCUUCAUUCAGGGCUUGUGAGCAAAAAUGCAAUUCUUGAUCGCUUGAAAGGAUGUGUAUCAAUGAAUUCAUCCAUACCUGUGCAUGCCUAGCUAACUCCUUUCCAUGUGCUGCCAUUUUUAUUCAGUCAUUUAAAUCACCUUUUCAUAGAUUUGUAUAUACUUAAAUUCAUAAAUUAUCUGAUGUAACUGUAUUGGCGAAACUUAAAGACUCCCGGAUGGCUGCAGGUGGCAUUUUAGAUAUCAUUUUUACCAGGUUAUUCUGCAGCAAUUUGUUUAGGAGUUUUUAAGGGACAGGAAGUAAAGGGAAAAAAUGCAGAGAUCCUCGUAAUUUGGGUCCAGUGGAGUAUUGGAAAUGCUUCUGUAAUUUUUUUUUCUUUUUCUUCCUGAUAUGAGUAGGUGGCAACGAUUCAUAUCAAUUCUUGCUCUACUCUACUCGG